AAAUUCAAAUCUAUUUAUACUGAUUAAGGUGUUUUGUUUUAUUCUCACUGUAUAACAUUUAUAAAUGUGUACUGAGCUUUGAGUAUAUAUUGACCUGAAUUAAACCUUAACAGAUAGCCCUGGUACAGUUCAUCUCUUCUUUGGGUUUUGUCUUCAGUUCAUCACAAGCAUUUUCUCAUAUUUAACCUCUGUUAGAUUUCUCUUUAAAUCUCCUCCUCCUCCUCCUCCUCCUCACAGAGUACAGGCAAACUUUCACUUUCGAUUCUUCACAAGUCACUUCCUUGUCUGCCUGACUGAUUCUCUCUACCUGUCUCUCCUCAAGCUGACGAUGGCUGAAGACCAGCGGUUUGGAUUGUAGGAUGAUUUCACCUGCUCGAUUUAUCUAGACACCCUUAGUGAUCCCAUCUCGAUCCCCUGUGGACAUAAUUUCUGUCUGCAGUGCCUCACAGACUGCUAGGAGCAGAGCCAAGAGUGCAGCUGUCCUCAAUGCAGGCACACCUUCACCACAAGUCUUCAGAAAAUUUAAAAAGACAGCAAUCAGCAACUCAUCCUGCUCCUCAGUCUCAAAAUUAUCCUGGAGACAUGGAAUGUGACGCCUGUACUGGGAAGAAGUUCUUAGCAGUGAAGUCCUGUCUGACCUGCAUGGCCUCCUUCUGUCAGACUCACCUACAGCCUCACUUUGAAAUAGCAGCCUGGAAGGACCACAAGCUGACUGAUCCAGAUAGACAUCUACAGGAGAAACUCUGUGCAGCACAUCAGAAAAGUCUGGAAAUAUUUUGUAAAACUGAUGAGACGUGUAUCUGCCUGGUCUGUGUGGUGACUGGACACAAAGGUCAUGAAAUGGUCGAGCUGGAAGCAGAAAGAAGAGAAAAACAGAAACAGCUGGGGACAACACUGAGUGAAAUCAGGAAGAGACUUGAAAAGAAGGAAAAAACACUGAAGGAGACAAGGAGGGCACUGGAGCAGAUAAAGAUUUCUGCAGAAAGACAGGUGCAGGAACAUGAGAAGAACUUCACGGAUCUGAUUCGGUGUAUUCAGAAAACCCGCAGGAAACUGACUGAGAGGAUCAGAGAACAUGAAAACAGAGAAAGAGAGAAGGCUAAAGUAGUCAUGGAACGACUAGAGAAGGAGAUUGAGGAGCUGAAGAGAAGAAAUGCUGAGCUGAAGGAGCUUUCAGAGACCAAGGACAACUUCCACUUCCUACAGACCUUCUCAUCUCACUGUGUCCUUCCUGCUGAUGGAGACUCGACCAGCUUCACUGUCACUGCUGAUUUCUCUUUUGAGGACCUGAGCAAAAAGGUGUCCAGUCUGAAAAAGAGUUUGGAGAAGAUGAGCCAGUGGCACAUCCUGACAUUCACUCCACCAGGUAAUGAAGUUUCAAGAUUUGUCCUGUUGCCUCCUGACCCUCAGAGCAGAGAGGAGUUCUUACAAUACUUCUGUCCACUCACACUGGACAUCAACACGCCACACAGAGAGCUCCAUCUGUCUGAAGGAAACAAGAAGGUGACAUGGGAGGAGACAGAGGCCAAAUAUCCUGAUCAUCCUGACAGAUUUGACUGGUGGCCCCAGGUGCUGUGUGGAGAGGCUCUGACUGGGACUCGCUGUUACUGGGAGGUGGAGGGGAGUGGAGAAGACAUGGAGAUUGGAGUCGCAUAUAAAGGACUGGGCAGGAAAGGAGAGAGUAGUGGGUGUCACCUUGGAUACAAUGACAAGUCCUGGAGUUUGGCCUGGUGUAAUUCCAGGUACUCUGUGUGUCACAAUAACAAGGAGACUGUAAUCAGUGCUCCCUACAGCCCCAGAGUAGGUGUGUAUCUGGACUGGCCUGCUGGCUCUCUGUCAUUUUAUAGCGUCUCACACACAAUGACCCUCCUGCACAGGUUCAACACCUCCUUCACUGAGCCCCUCUAUUCAGGGUUUUGGCUUGAUUGUAAGUGCAGCGUAACAAUCUGCCAUCUGACACCAGGUGACCACUGACCAGUACCCUCCACCAGUCACUUAAUGUCCCCACAAGCGUAGGUACUGUUUGAGUUUGUAGUUUGGGGACAAAAUGAGUUUUACAGGAUUGGUAGCACCCUUGUGACUGAAUGUGGGGGUAAAAAUACAGAGUGAGUGUUAGGGAUUCUAAUAUUAUUGGGUUUGAUUUAGUCUGUGAGUAGCCAAUCAGAGGUGUAUAUCACAAUUAGGGAUGGGGACGCUUCAGACCUACAAAUACCAGUUUGACCAGCAGGAGUCAUGGCUAAUUCACUGCUUCAUGAACUUCAGUGAGGCACCCCAACAAGUGCUGUGACCCAUUAGUACCAUUAAAUGUCACCUGUUAAGUAGGUCUGGAUGUUUGUCUUGGUUGAGGACUUUUCCAGGUCUUAGAGAUCAGGAUUAGCAAACAGACUACUGUGAAAUGGAAAUGAUGGUCAGCAUUGUGGGGAGGUUAGCUGGUGCAGACAUUUAAGUCAGAAUCUCAUUUAAAAGUGAGGACUCCUUGUCAACUCCUGUGGCCUUCAUCACCGUGACCAGUUUUUCUGUUGUCCUUGUCCUAAUCUCAGUAAUUCCCCAUCCCAACCUGAUGUCUCCUCAAGGUGUUAGGUGAAGCUCACCUGUUGAUGUACACUGCUGUGUAAUCAUCUCCACUCAUCGUGUUCUCAUUGUGUUCAUCCUCCCCAGAAGUCUUUGUGACUGACACCAAUUCUCCAUUCAUGUCUUCUUCUCUGAAGAUGAUUGGCCACUCUCCAUACUGCACAUACAUUAAAGCUCAGCAGUGUAGUUAGAGAAAAAAUACUCAGUGGUAUAUAAAACAAGCAAGAAUAAAACAAACACAAGAAUUAAACACCUGAACUUGAGUAUUUUAUUUAUCUAAUGUAAAACAAUUUUUAACUUUCAUAAAAGCCCAAAAUGGUAAAGUGUUCACAAAG